UUCGGGCUUGGGAGGUGCUGAGUUCCACCAGACGUUAGCAACGGUUACCAACACGGCGGGCUAAGCCUACUGUUAAUAUUAUUUGGCGAAAAGACACGAUGAUUGUUGACUGUGAACCGCCGAGCCUUCCGGACGCGAACUGAAAAAGAGGAAAAUUGUUUAAACUUGGACUUCUUUCAAGGAUUUGUUUUUUGGUUGAAGUCGUGAACCUUUGAACUCAGCCAUGAAGCAUAAGAAAUUGACGAAAAAGGCUUCCAGCAAUCUGACGCACAUUUACCUGAACGAUAAGAACAUUACCCAAAUCACCAGUAUCUAUCCGACGAAGCGAAUCCUGGUGCUGUACCUGCACAACAACCAAAUUUCGCGAAUCGAAAAGUUGAACGCGUUCACGCACCUCACCCAUCUGUACCUGCAGUGGAACAACAUCAGGAAGGUGGAGAAUUUGGACUCGCUGAAGAACUUGAAGCAGCUUUAUUUGGGGUAUAACAAGAUUACCAAGUUGGAGAAUUUGGGCAACUUGAAGAAGCUGGAGCAGAUUCACAUCGAGCGCCAGCUGCUGGAUGGGGCGCAGAGGUUCGAGUUUGACGAGGAGUGCAUGAAGUCGUUGGCGAAUCAUCUCAAAGUGCUCAACAUCAAGAAGCUCAAGCUGACUCACAUGACCCCUCUGGAACCACUGUGGAAACUGGAAGUUUUGUUAGCCACAGAAAAUAACUUCAAAUCAACCGAAGACAUCGCUCCGGUUAUAAGUGCCCUGUACUCACUACGCGUCCUCGACCUUCAGGGAUGUUUGGCUCAGAAAGAUGUCCACUACCGUGAGAAGGUGACCGCCGCUGCUGGUUACAAAUUGUUGCUGCUGGACGGCAAGAUGAUCUCCCAAUCGACGCGUAACUUCAUCAAAAACUUCCAAACAAUCAAGCAGGAAAAGAAGCGACGAACCUUGGCCGCCAACGGCGAGGAAAAGGCCAAAACCGCGGACAACUCCAAAGCCUCGCUCGAGAGCAGCUUCAGCGAGUCCAUGUCGAUCGGCGGCAGUCACUUCCCGGUGGCCAGUUCGCUGUUCCAGGUGAGCCAACGACGGGCGGCUGCGGCGGCGGCUUGUCCGAGGAUUCCCCGCAAGCCCGUUAUCCGGUCGCCGGUACUGCUCAAGACCAUGUCGGCCCACUUUGGCGACGAACAUCAGCUGCGCGGGGCCGAACUGAAAGAGCUGAGUGAAAACACCAACGGGGUGAUGCUGCAGGGGAAGGUCAUGAAGGCGGAAGUUCCGGUGUUUAAGGAGAAGAUUCGGGUCCAGCGGAAGGUGCAGUCGUUGCCGUCGAUCGAUUAGUUGUGGGGUGGUGGUG